AUGUCCUCUCCCGUAGACGGCAUUGUCAUCGGACUGCUGUCGUCCUUUGGCUCUGCCAUCCUGGUCGCCCUGAUAUUCCUCGUUGUCUACUUCUUCAGAUACACGACAUCCGGUCGCAUUUUCCUCGAUCGCAUCGGUCGGCCCGGCGAGUAUGACGAUGAGCAGGCAUUUGCAAGGGAGGAGGCCGAGGCCUUGGAGACGAUGGACGAUCUACACCGGACGGAAUACCUUCGAGCAAAAGCAUACAUCCAAGGAAACCCGCCUGAUUCGGUCCAGACGGACAUUUCUUUAUCACAAUACCUAGCGAUACAAGAGAAGGGAGUGUCGGCAUGGGAGUUCGAGCCCGAAUUGGAGAUUGCCAACUGCUUCGUUGAAGCCAGAACCGAAAUCGAGUUCUUCGACUCCGAGUGCACAGUAAUGAGCAAUCUGCCCGUGCCCAAACAAAACGAAGUCUACUACUGGGAAGCAAAGAUCUACGACAAGCCCGAGAGCACACUGUUGAGCAUAGGAAUGUCCACCAAGCCGUAUCCGCUGUUCAGGCUCCCAGGCUACCACAAGUAUUCGGCUGCCUAUACUUCCACGGGCGCUCGACGAUAUAACCAACCUUUUAACCCUACGCCUUAUGGGCCACAGUACGUCCAAGGUGAUGUUAUCGGAGUUGGGUACCGACCUCGAACUGGCAGUGUUUUCUUUACUCGCAACGGCAAGCGGUUAGAUGAUGUCGUUCAUGGGCUGAAGUCGCAUAACUUCUUCCCAUCAGUUGGUGCCAACGGUCCCUGCACAGUCCACGUCAACUUUGGCCAGGCCGGUUUCGUCUUCAUCGAGGCAAACGUCAAGAAAUGGGGUCUGGCGCCAAUCACCGGCAGCUUAGCACCGCCGCCACCGUACGGAAGCGAGCAAGGUAGCAUCCUACUCGAAACCGGCCGAAGGAAGGACGAGUACUCGGGUUCGCCGGCAGGGAACCACAGCUACUCGCAGUCUGUGCAGACAUUCACGAACCGCAGGCCGACACUAGACGCAGGACAUUCACGAUCUCGUAGCGGCAACUUCCGAGUUCUUCAGCCUACCAGCCCUGGACCGCAGAGGAGUCCUACUGACAUAUCCCUGGCGCAGUUGGUACCUACCGACGAGGCAGGCGAAGCGAGCAAUAGUAAUGUUGCCGGCCCCUCAGGAGACCACGUGGUGGAUGUUGCCGGAUUAGGUCUACAUGAUGCCGCACACCCCCCACCCGAGUAUACCAGUCCCGAUCAUUCGGACGAGGAUGGCUAUCGCAGCAGUUCCGAAGGUGAUCAGACGCCUUUGAUCAGGACACUAGUACGGAGUCGUGCAGCUACAUUACGACCACACAACCCACCGAUCCCUAGCUAUAGCGAUGCUCUUCGCCAAGGCGCCGGAAGGGACCGAAGUCGUAGCGAUACGACGGUCAUGAGUAGGAGGAGUGGCAGCUAA